AGAGAGAGAGAGAGAGAGAGAGAGAGAGCGGAGGGGAAAGAGCAGGAAAAAAGGCGAGAGGAAUCUUUUCUUUCGCUGUCUCGCGGGGCUCGGGGACAGUGUGGGACGUGAGCCCGGCCCCUGGGGAAAUCUCUGGGCUGGGCGAGAGGAGGCGCAGCUCCCCGGGAGCGCGGGGCCAGCAGAAUGGCCCUUUUCUUCGCGAGGUGCGCCCUGUGAACUUGUUUUCUGCGCACACAGAGGGACUGCGCAGGGAGGAAUUCCAGGUCACAGGGAUUCCAGCAGCGGGGAGGGGGGUGGGAUAACCUCGCCGGGGCGCUGCGGGACUGCCUCCUCACAGCUGACACAAUGGGAACCGCGCGCACAGAGGAGGGCCAGACGCGCUGAAGGACCGGGGCGCUCCCAGCCCCAAAGCCAAAAAAAACGCUCGCUCGCCUUCCGCACUCCAGAGCCGGCCUGAGCGCCACUCGCAGGGGGAGGGGGGGAGAAACAGGGGGAGCCGAGGCUGCGCGGGCCCAUUUCCCCGGGGGGAGCCAUGAGGGGAUUAUCUGCAGGGCGCGUCUGCCUGGCGCUGCUGGCCACUCUGCUGGGUACGUGCCGCUUGGCCGAGGGAGGGUGCCAGGGGAAAUGCUGCCCGGGCACGGACCGCUCGUGCACCGCCACCGACUGGCGGAUGGACCGCGUCUACGGGACCUGCUACUGCGACGACACCUGCCAGAGGACCAAGGACUGCUGCUUCGACCACCCCACCGUGUGCCCAGCUCAGUCCUGUGUGGUGAGCCAGUGGAGCCACUGGAGUGGAUGUGCCGAGAAGUGCCGACCGGCCAUGAGAGUGCGCCGACGGCAGGUCGAGCAGCAGGCCCGGAACAGCCCAGACAUCUGCCCCCCACUGGAGGAACGAGCUGGCUGCAUGGACUACCUCGGCCACCAGGGGGCACACUGCACACCGACACGAGGUCCUGCUUUGAUAACCGCAGCAGAGUUUGGUGCAGGAAGACCUAAAUAUGAUCUAUAUGGAGAACCACUGGACCCUGGGUAUUGCGUGGAGUUUAAAAUGGAGUCGCUGUCCCCGCACUGCACGGUGGAGAACCGCCACCACACGCGCUGGAUGCAGUACCUGCGGGAGGGAUACACGGUGUGCGUGGCCUGCCAGCCCCCGGCCAUGCGCAACCACAGCCGCGGCUGCCAGGGAGACGGCGCCGCCUCUGACAGGGACACGCUGCUCCAGUGGCAGGCGGUGGGGAACCCACGGUGCCGGGGGACCUGGAAGAGGCUGCAGAGGCAGGAGCGCUGUGCCUGCCCACAGGUGCACAGCUUUGUCUUCAUCUGACGGGAGCACGCGCUCCACUGUAAAUACACACAUCCUACAAGCACGGCCUCUUUCAAUACGGCUUCCAUUUACCGCACUCCUCCACUAGCACGCUGCUAGAGCUAAUGAGACAGGAUGAAAAGUGUGCUAUAUAUUAUGGGAUGUGUACGUCAGUCUCGCAUACAAACAUGAGCUUUUUGUUGAAGAUAAAACAAAAUUUGUCUUGUUUAGUACCUUUACAUUUUUUUUAAAGAUACAUUUACUAAAUAUAGUUAUAUAUAAGCCUUGUUGAUUUGAGUUUUAUAGCUUCACUGUGGAUGUCAGACCAAGCUCAAUAAGAUGAGUGAAAGGUUCUCACAGGGUAACAGACGUCGCUUGAACUGAGGCCAGUCUUGCAUAAUUCUGUUGUUAUUUAUUUAUGGAAAAGGUGAACGCUUAGAACUCCUGGUCAUAGCCUGCCUUUUGUGAUAUUACACUUAAUGAAGUUAUAUUGAAGAGGGCAACUUUAUUGCAACUUUCUAAAUGAUUUUCAGAGCGCCCUCUACUAGCUUCCAAAAAUCUGCACCUCAUAAUUACCAAUACUGUAGUCUUGACCCCCAGUAGUGUCAAAUAUACUGCCUGACAUGUUAAGUUGCCAACACAGUGAUUCAAUUCCCAUACAGUUAAUGGCAUUAUGAAACCCAUUACCAACACAGAGUGAAUAUUCAAACUGAACUAAAUAUUCAUUAUUUCAAUAUGAAUAUGGAAGCAAUGAACAUACAAAUUCAUCAGAAACCCCAGGACAAAGCAGAAUGUUGAUGGACUGGGGAGGAAAAAACUUCAAACAUCAAGAACGUCAAUGUCAAUUUAUUUUUACAGUAAUUCACAUUAUUCCGUUAUUUCCUUGUUAAAUGAAAAUGAAAAAUACAUGUUAUACAUUUCACUGGUAAAGUUUUUUUUUCCUGCUCACUUUCCUAUCUGUUGGGUCUUGCACAGACCCAGUAAAUGGCAGUGUACUGCGAUAUAUAAGCACAUAAAAUAUAAUAUAAAAAUAAAAGCCUUUAAUAAAAGUACUUAUAAAUAAAUCAAA